AUGAUGCGCCACAAAUGUGUCUCCCCUCACCCGCACACGCAUUUCCCAGAUGCCUCUGUUCUCACCACUCAUCUCCCUCAAAUUCGCUUGGCUGUUGGUCUGUACCAUCCUGUUAGUCUCGCUGUGCGGACCGGAGACUUAGCCCUGCCCUGCUUUCUAUCUUCCGAAGUUCCCUCCGUGCAGGAAAGCCAGUUUGAAGCCUUUGAGUCGACUGAGCCGUUGCAAACUACUACAAUGGCUCAUCGUGGAGACUUGUUACCUGGGCGUCUUGUCAAUGACUUCCAUCUGCCUUUCUCAGUUCGUCUUGUUCAGUAUAGCCCCAGUAAGCAGGUUCCAGAGAACCUGCUUGACCCACCUCCAGAUCAGGCCGAUAAAGAAUCAGCUACGGUCUAUCAGAACUCUGAUAGGAAGCUUUAUUCUCGUCUACGACAUGUAGGCAUCUGA